GAAUUGAAUGAGAGGACAGUGUGAGUGAGUGGGGAUCAGAAACGAAUGGGGAAAGGCGUUAAUGCAGCGUUUUUAAUCUUCAUUUAAUAAUUGAAUAAUAAUCUCCCUGGAGAAGUGACCUAGAACUGAAGAAAAGAAAUUGAUAUUCAUUUGGCAUCUAAAUACUGACACCUGCUGGUCCGUCGUUAUCACUGCAGUAACCCGCUUAGUUUCACUCAUUCCUCUCGGUGCCUACACAGUACUGCUGUGACAUUGACAAACGAGUGCAGUGAAGAAAGGGACCGCGGCUGGGGUUUGAAUUCUGACACUUGCACUGAAACUUAUCCAGCCUGCAGUGUGACACUUCCCGCGAGAGCUGCAUUCACUCGGCGCAAACGCUCCUCGUUGUUUAUAUACGCUGCGUUACGCGCGUUUUCAUCAGACUCCGUCUUGGAAUGACUUCGUAAGGAGGGAUACAUGGUUCAGGUGAAUGUCAAUGACUAUCUGGAUAUCUACUGUCCUCACUACAACAGCAGCCAGAGAGGCGUCGCAGAGCAGUACGUGCUCUACAUGGUCAGUUAUCGUGGUUACCGGACGUGUGACCCGCAGCUGGGCUUCAAACGCUGGGAGUGUAACCGUCCCCACGCCCCGCAUGCACCAAUCAAAUUCUCUGAAAAGUUCCAGCGCUACAGCGCCUUCUCGCUCGGCUACGAGUUCCACGUCGGGCAUGAGUAUUAUUAUAUCUCCACACCCACUCAUCACCACGGCCGGAGCUGCCUGAGAUUAAGAGUGUAUGUCUGCUGCUCAACAGCAUCUGAUUCAGAUGAUGAGCCCCAGCCCACAGAGCCAGACUACACUCUAAGACCCAACAUCAAAAUCGAUGACCUCGAUGACUACGAUAAUCCAGAGGUCCCGAAAUUGGAGAAAAGCAUCAGCGGAAGCAGUCCAUCCAGAGAUCGCCUUCUCCUAACCGUGGCAUCACUUUUCCUCAUCGCGCUUUCGGUCUCCUAGCAUCCACCUCCUAAACGCUGCUUACCAACGAGGCCUUGGGGUGGGAAAGGAAGGGUCCAGGGCCGAUAAGUUUGCAGAUAAAGACUAGGAAAGCAACGGGAAAUGGAACACUUGAUGCUGCAGCAGCUUACAGAGUGUCAAGCACCAGCCCACAAUUCAACAGUGGUUUCCAUGUCUUAUAACAGCGACACACUUAGCGUGUCACGCAGACAAUACUAAUACACCAUAAUGAGAACUGUGCCAUUUCAGUUACAAUAGUUCGGAUUGUUUGUUUGUGUGCGUGCGCGUUUUUCUGUGUUUAUGCGUUUGUGUGGCGCCUUCGGUGCUCGGGGGCGGAGUGGAUCUUUACUUCGGUCUGAAGGUUUGAUGGCUCCAUUAUCUGUGAAUUGGCAGGUUAAAAGUUUAAAAGCGUCUCGGAUUCUGUUUGAGAACUGAAAUGAAACCGUCGAGGAGUUCAGGUUACUCAAACCCAGAAAGAAAAAACAGAAGCACUGUUUAAUCCAAUUCCAAAAGUGUUUGUUUCUCUCUGUGUGUUUCUGUUGCCAGAGAGACGUACAAACCACUGGAUGAUCAUGUAAUUGCCGUUAGGGAUGAACAGCAAUAUUCAUUUGAUGAGUUUAAACAAGUCUAUAAUAGAAACCGAUCUCAAAGAGUUGAAAUCAACUCAUUUUGGACUUUCUACUGACAAUUACAUCUGAGUCUUACUUGAACUUGUUGUGGUCACACUUGAAAGCAAGGGCUGAUGUGGUUGUUCUGUGAUGCAGAGAACUGAGACAGAAGUGAUUUUGCACGAGCCCAAACACAAACGCAUUAAACACAUUGAGACAAACAGAAGCCAAAUAGCCUUUUUGUUGUUUUCGUUCCUUCUCCCUUUUGAUAAAAGGUGCUUGAGUGUGUGAGUGAUUGCAAGCGUAUGUGUGUGUGUAUUAGCUCGGUGUUGCUGGAAAAAUCUCCUCUAGAUUUUAUGGACUUCAACCGGAGGUGGACACCUACACAGACAAUGUACAUAAAACACUUGCAUUUAUUUAUGUGUGGACACUGGGGACGACCUCCGCUCAUUUUUUCGGACCAUGCUGAAUCCUGCUGGAUUCUGAAGAACUCCAAACCAGCUUGGCUGCUUUGUUCUAGUUCGAACUGGUUCCACUUAUCGCUGCUUGGUACUUGACUUCUUUCUGAGGUGAUCAGCAAGACCAAAUGGAAAUUGAGGGGUCUGGUGGUUAUAAUCCGUUUCUACGGCAACGGUUAUUCAGCUAUACACACACCUAAAGGCACUAGAGUCCAGCAGGAAAUCAGAACAACACACACGAAAAGAAAUAACAGCAAUUACUGGCAACAGUUCUGGUGACACUUUUGCCAAGAGUAAUACAAGCAAACAAAUGCUUCAAGGCAGGUAGUUAUUGCGUUCUUGCAAGCUUUUCAACGGAUAAACGGCAGCGUAUGCAUCAAUCAUUUUACAACAAGGUUCAAAAUUAAGGUUCUAACUCUUUUAGACUAGCACCUUAUCUCAAUGGCAAUGACAUCAUAUCAUGGCUCAGAAUGAUAGCAGCAACCAGCGCCGCUUUUUGCCCUAGAGACAAGCAAAUACUGCUUAAACUAGAGAUGGCAUGUGGUUUAGGAGAAAUGAUGUGUGGUAGAAGUUUUCUAACGUAGAGUCAUAAUGGACACCUUCUCUCACACCUACAGGCUGUACCUUAACAUAUUGAUGAAGCCGUUUAAUUGUAUCAUUCCGCUUUUGCUCUGAAAAAUCAUUUCAGUUUAUGUGGAACAUUACGUCUGCUUUAUAUUGCAUUACUACGGUUUCAGACAAAGCAACUUCAGAACAAAUGAACACUAAUUUGAAUGCUCAGAAUGAUACUUUACAGACUUCAUUUAAUUUGUUUCAUGUGGUCAUUUCUAGGCAUUGGGUUGAAAAUAAGUAGGUUUUUGUGCUUUUGGGUUUUUUGGGAGAAUUUUUUUUUUCUGAUGGAACAUGUAAUAUUUCUGAAGAGUCGAUCAGGCAAAGUAUCACUCUUCAAAUGUUGCACAAAAACUUGGACACGAGAAUUGUGCGUGUGUGUGUGUGUGUGUGUGUGUGUGUGUGUGUGUGUGUGUGUGUGUGUGUGUGUUAGAGACUGCAAUUGUUAGAAGUUGACGUUUGUCUUAAAACUAGCCUAAAUAACCUUUCAAUUUUUGUGUUUGUGUGUGUGAGUAUGAAAGAAUGAGAUCAAAAGGUAAUAAAGAUAAAGAACGGUGUGAAUGUGUGUUUAUGCGAGUUGUUUUCCAUUGUUUAUUCUAGGCAUUUUCUGUGUGAGUGGUUGUGAGUCAAAACUGUAUUGUUUUGGAGGAAACAACAAAAGCAUUUAUUAGUGUUGGAAACAACCGAUUACAAUCAUGUUUACCUUCAACUGGAAUGAAUUUAAAAAACUUGAAAAAAGAAACUGUAAACUGAACAAACCAUAACAAAGCUUAUAAUAAUAAUAAUAAUCAUGAUACAAAAACA